GACUUGUGGCAAAGUAUGCACGGCAGCCUAUUAGGACGAUUGGAAGAAACGAACCGGGCGUAGUUUGCGUUCCGUCUUGGGGGAGGGCGCGGAAGGAGUUAACAGGAGCUACUCCGGUGAGCACUAUGGCCGGCUGUCUGGACUCCAUGCGGAUGGACUGCGAGUGUCUGGAGCUGGGGGAGCGGCGUAACGUGGUGGCAGCGGCGGUCAGCGGAGUCCUGUUCUUCACUGGCUGGUGGAUCAUGAUUGACUGUGCUGCCAUCUACCCCGAGAUGAAGGACAUGCAUCACGCCUACCACGUUUGUGGCGUGGUUGGCACCAUAUCCUUCUUCAUGAUAAACGCCGUCUCGAACGGCCACAUCCGCGGCGACCUGUACGCGACCGGCUGCCUGGCGCAGCGCGGCGCGCGCGUCUGGCUCUUCCUGGGAUUCCUGCUCGGCUUCGUCGCCAUCAUCGCCGCCAUGUGGAUCCUGUUCGCGGGCUACGUGGUUCCUGGCGGCUCGCGGUCGCAGUGGCCUGGCAUCGCCGUGGUGCUCCAGAACCUCUUCAUCUUCGCCGGCUCGCUCGUCUACAAGUUCGGACGCUCGGAGGAGCUGUGGGGCUGAGCUAACCCCCUCCGUUCUCCCCGUUCCACGGCGUCGGCCGGCGCUGGCCGACGCCAGCCGUGAGCGUGGUGACGCCGCCGGCCGCCCCAGCCUCGGGCGGCGGCACCGGGCCGGCGCUGCCGUCAGUCGGCGGCUGCACUUGGCGCGACGAGCGGCCCGCCGGGCCCGGCUUCCUCGCCGACUGACGGCCAAGUGUCGGACUGCUGUUGGCCGUGACACGGCCGGAGCCGGGCGCCGGCUGCCGCGGUCAGAUGCAGACCGCUGACGGGUCCGCUGACCGCCACUGAGGCGUAACCCGGAGCCGCGGGCACUGCGGUGAACACGUGUGUAGCUUGAGCGGCGCUGCUAGGUCUGGCUAGGGCCGUAGCUGCUAGGGCUGACGUCCGGAUCUCCAGGCCUUGGUCUCUGUGGGCAGUUGUCAGCAGCCAGCCACAUUACGUUUUGACACGCUUUUCAUUGGCGUGUCAGUUAUGUUAGGUGGUUCAUUCUAACUUUGUUUCCCUCCCUGUGAUCAUAUUUUCCGCCAGGCUAUCGCGCGACUCUGCGCGAUAAUGUGACUCAGUGCGGGUGAUGAUGGUCGUCGCUUAACUAUUAUGCCGCAUUAAUUUAUUAAGUUUAGCUACACAUAAAUGCAACGGCAUAGCACGAGCUGGAUUUCCCCCCGGGAAACACGGAACCGGUGAUCUGGAAAGUAGGCUAAUGUAACCAAACCAAAUGUGUUGAAAUACACAAACUGCUGCAUUG